UGUUCGGAGCUGAUCGUUGAGAGUGCACGCCAAGGCCGAGCAUGCGCUUUGACGUCGGAACGCUGGUGACCGUCGCGAGCCUAAGCUCGAACCGCAGCCGUUAUGUCCGGGAAGGAGGAUAGUGAUAUGGCCACGAAGAGCAUGUUUGAGCGUGGCCCAAAGAAGAGACAAGUGAAAACACUAGCAACAUCUCUCUUGGAAGCUCUAGAUUAUGACAGCUCAGAUGACAGUGAUUUUGAAGUCGGAGAUGCUUCAGAUUCUGAUGGGAGUGGAGAGAGUGCUGGUAAGGACAGUGAAGAAGCCUCCGAGAGUGAAGGUGGACAAAAUGGCAGUGAAGAGGACUCUGAACAGGAGAAAAAGGAUACUUCUGAUGGAAAAAUAGAAGUUGAAUGCAAGAACGAUCAGCCAGAAGAACCUGAUUGUGAUAUCAAAGAACAAACUGAAAACAAAACUAGUAAGAAGAAAACUAAGGAAACAGUGGAUGAUCCUGGGCCAGAUGAAUCAAAUGAUGGACAAAAGAAAUGGAAUUUACGUAAAAAGAGAACAAUGUUGGAUAUGAUAUCGGUGGAAGAGUUGAAUGGUUUUGAUGAUUAUGAUAGUGAAGAUGAUAAUGACUGGCGACCUUGUAGUGGAAAGAAAAAAGGGAAAGGUGUAAAUAAUGAUGAUGGUGAUGAGGGUGGUGGUGAGGAUGAUGAUAUCAGUGACAGUGAAGAUGGCAAUCCUGAUGAUGAGGAAGACACCAGCAGUGCCAGUGAAGAUGAUAAGAGAAUUAGAAGAAAAAAUAGAUCUUCUAGUCAAAAAGCUGCCAAGACUGAAGGAACAAGUGAUGGCUUUGUUUUGACACAGAAUAAGAAUUAUGAGGGCUCCUUUUUAAUAGACAAAGAACAAAACUUCAGUUCUCAGAAAAUGGACUUUGUGCAGAUAUGCUGUGUAUGUCUGGGAGAUAACAGUGAAGAUGCGGAUGAAAUUGUUCAGUGUGACAAUUGUGGAGUGACUGUACAUGAAGGUUGCUAUGGUGUUGAUGGUGAAAGUGAUUCUAUUAUGAGUUCCGCCUCUGAAAACUCAACUGAACCCUGGUUCUGUGAUGCUUGCAAAUGUGGAGCAACACCAAGUUGUGAGUUGUGUCCUAAUGUGGAUGGAAUUUUUAAAGAAACAGAUGCUGGAAGGUGGGUUCAUGUUGUUUGUGCCCUUUAUGUCCCUGGUGUGGCAUUUGGAGAUAUAGACAGACUUCGUCCUGUUACUCUUACAGAAAUGAACUAUUCAAAAUAUGGUGCCAAGGAGUGUAGUUUAUGCGAAGACAUGCGAUUUGCUCGAACUGGAGUGUGCGUAAGCUGUGAUGCUGGUAUGUGCAGAGCGUAUUUCCAUGUGACUUGUGCUCAAAGAGAAGGGCUACUUUCCGAAGCAGCUGCUGAAGAGGAUAUAGCAGAUCCAUUUUUUGCAUAUUGCAAACAACAUGCUGACAAGUUUGACAGAAAAUGGAAACGAAAGAACUAUUUGGCUUUGCAAUCAUACUGUAAAAUGACUUUGCAAGAGCGAGACAAACAUGUUACCCCCGAAGCACAGUCCUCGAGGUACAGGGACACUAACGGUGCUAUUUGGAAGGGAAUCCAGGACUUUGACACAGCAACUAUGAAAGAAUGCCAGUAUAGUUCUAAGUUAGGAUGGCGUGUGGCUUGA